CCGCCUUCUGGGCACCGCACGCGGUGGGGGGGGAAGGGGGAGGAGCGCGCGAGCGAGCCGGAUGGCCCGGAAAGCCGUCGAAGAAAAGAGCGGCGUCCCCUCAGCUUGUCGUCGUCGCUGCCCCGCGCUCUCUUGCUCUGCCUUGGGCAGUCCCUUUUAGGGCGAGCCGAGGUGGUCACGUACGAAACGAAGCAGCCAGAGCUCCGGAGGCAGACGAGUCGCUUUUCUCCCGCCCCCUCGCCCCGCGCCCUUGUCCCCGGGCUGCUAACUUCCUAGUCUGGGCUUCUUGCGAUGGGUUGACCCGAGGUGGGUCUCAUGUCGUGGGGUGGAGAGCCUUCCUGCGCCUCCUCUGCCUCUCUCCUCUUCUUCCUCAUCCACCCACUCGGCUGACAGCCCGCUCCCUCUCAGGGAGACCACGCCGAGCACUUCCUUUCAAGGAAGCGCCGCCGCCGCCGCCGCAGUCAUCAUCCUGUGCUGCUCGGGAUUCCACUUCUCUGUAAUUUAUCUGGUUGACUUCCCCUUGAUGACUCAAAAAUGGAUGCCAUAUCAUUCAAAGUUAAAAAUCCUGAAGCAGCCAAUGAUGGCUCAGUAGACUUCAGUCUUCAGCUAGUAGGUUCUCUAUCAGUGCACUCACUAACCACCAUGCCAGUGCUUCCUUGGAUCGUGACAGAGAUUAGACGACUCAGCACUCAGUCCUCGAAGGAAGAGAAUAGCAGCAGCCAAAUCCGGCUUUAUGUCUCACCUGUGAUGCUGCGAUGUGAGGCAGACACGGGGAAAAAUCAGCAGUGGGACCCGUUGAUUUGUUCCAGCGUGUUUGAGUGUAGACCUCAGCAUGUCCACAAACUGAUUCACAACAGCCAUGACCCAAGCUAUUUUGCCUGCUUAAUAAAAGAUGGAGCAUUAAAUCAGCAAAGUACCUGCUAUGUGUUUAAAGCUGAUGAUCAAACAAAAGUGCCUGAGAUCAUAAGCACCAUCAGACAAGCUGGGAAGAUUGCAAGGCAGGAAGAGGUUCAGAAUAAUCUUUCAGAUGUUGAAGAUCCUUUUCGUAAAAAAUUUGAGGUGCUGUUCUGUGGCCGAAUAACAGUAGCGCACAAAAAUGCACCCCCAGCACUUAUAGAUGAAUGUAUCGAAAAAUUUAAUGAUGUUAGUUAUACCAAAAAUUUGGACUCUGGUUCAUUUUCCCAACAACAUGAAACUGCCAACCAAUCUGGAGGAUUUUCCAUACGUGAUAAAUUCCGCUCUGUCUUCCAACCCUUGAUUAACGAAGAACAGGAGAAAAGGCCAAUGAGGAAAUCCUACUCUCAGCCUGGACUGCGUUCUUAUGCUUUCAAGAAAGAUUUGCAAGCCAGCAGCACAAGGAGUAACAGCUUUGGCAGAUCUUUUGAUGAUGAUGUUGUUUCUUUAAACUUAAAAACUCGAUUUAUCCAAGGGCAAAAUGUGCAGCCUACAGAUAUCGCUGCAAACCGGAUUAUGUUGUUUACGAUUGGGCAAUCUGAAGUUUACAUCAUCAGUCCUGACACCAAAAAAGUAGCCAUUGAGAAAAGCUUUAAGGAAAUUUCCUUUUGCUCUCAGGGAAUCAGACAUGUAGAUCACUUCGGAUUUAUCUGCAGAGAAUCUUCAGAAAAUGGAGGGUUCCAUUUUGUCUGUUAUGUGUUUCAGUGUACAGAUGAGGCCUUGGUUGAUGAAAUCAUGAUGACUUUGAAACAAGCGUUCACAGUAGCUGCUGUCCAACAGACCUCCAAAGCACAACUCCAGCUCUGCGAAAGCUGUCCUAUGCAGAGCCUUCAUAAACUUUGUGAAAAGAUAGAAGGGAUGCAUCCUUCCAAAACUAAACUAGAACUCCAAAAACAUUUAUCAAUACUGAAUAACCAGGAGCAGGCCUUGGUGUUUGAGGAAGUUCAGAAAAUGAGACCAAGAAAUGAACAGAAGGAAAAUGAGUUAAUAAUCUCUUUCCUACGACAUGUUUAUGAAGAAAAACAGAAAGAUCACACUCACCUCUAUGAAGCCAAGCAUACCUCACAACCAUCAACAGAGACCACAGGAAAUGAGAUUCCAAGCAGCACACCCCGAUUCAGGCUAGAUGUAUUAAGGAGCAAAGCUAAAAGGUCACUUACAGAGUCAUUAGACAGCAUUUUAUCUCGAGGAAAUAAAACAAAAAGUCAAGCAGAAUGUUCUGGAAGUAUUGAUUUGGAUAGCUCGUUAUCUAGCACACUCAGUACCACAAGUAAAGAAACAUCUGUAUGUGAGGGAGAAGGCCUUCUUCCCCCAGAGAGCCCUCUGAAGGUGAAUGGAUCAGUAGGCAAUGCCUCAAAUGAGCCAGAGAGCCUACCCCUUGAAGUGCCUGAAAAACCAGCUUACCAUGGAUUCAGACGGCGAUCUAAUACCCUGACCCAUGUGCCGAUGGAAAGCCAGCAGUCUUUGGAAGCUGCUGAAACAUCGCCAUCUGUCCACCAAAAGAAAUUUAUGAGGUAUCAUUCCGUGAGCACAGAGACUCCUCACCUGCAAAACAGCUCAAAAACUUCUUCUGAUCAAUCACCACCAGCUCUUGCUCCUUCUUCUCCUCCAGUAUGUCUUAAUCCCUCAGGCUCCUCUCCUAAUCUAUUAAAACGUUUUAAGUAUAAUUCAAGUGAAGAGCAAAGCAGUCGUACUGGGCAAAAGAGCACCUCCUACCGUUCUGCUUUCCGGAAAAAGCUUCACUCUUCCUCUUCUGUACCAAACUUCUUAAAAUUUCUGGCUCCUGUAAAUGAAAAUAACGCCUCUAACUUUAGGAACAAAAAAAGUGACUACAAGUUCAAGUCAAGUGACACAGAUUCUAUCCAUGAAAGUCCUGUGAGGACCCGCCGGCAUUCAUGGAGACAGCAGAUAUUUCUAAGAGUGGCAACCCCACAGAAAGGAUGUGAUUCUACCAGUUGGCAUGAUGACUGUUCUGAGUUGGGAGAACUUCCGCCCAGGUCACCAUUGCAGCCGGUUUGUGAAGAUGGCCCUUUUAGGACAGUACAAGAAGAGAGGAAAAGGACAUCUAAGGAGCUUCGGGAACUGUGGCAAAAAGCUGUUCUGCAGCAGAUACUACUACUUAGGAUGGAAAAGGAAAAUCAGAAAUUGCAAGCUUCUGAAAAUAAUUUGCUGACAAAGCGCCUAAAGCUUGAUUAUGAAGAAAUCACCCCAUGUCUCAAAGAAGUAACGUUGGUCUGGGAGAAAAUAUUAAAUACACCAGGGAGAUCAAAGAUUAAGUUUGACAUGGAAAAAAUACAUUCUGCUGUUGGAAAAGGAGUCCCUCGGCAUCACCGUGGUGAGAUCUGGAAGUUUUUAGCAGAGCAAUACCAGUUUAAGCAUCAGUUUACAAAUAAACAGCAGCCAAAGGAUAUCCUACCUUACAAAGAACUCUUAAAACAGUUGACCUCCCAACAGCAUGCAAUACUUAUUGACCUAGGUCGCACCUUUCCAACUCAUCCGUAUUUCUCAGCCCAGCUUGGAGCUGGACAGCUCUCACUCUAUAAUAUCUUGAAAGCCUAUUCACUCUUGGAUCAGGAAGUAGGUUACUGCCAGGGCCUUAGUUUUGUAGCAGGUGUGCUGUUGCUUCAUAUGAGUGAAGAAGAGGCUUUCAAGAUGCUCAAGUUCCUUAUGUUCGACAUGGGCCUCAGGAAGCAGUAUCGACCGGACAUGACAAUUUUACAGAUUCAGAUGUAUCAACUUUCUCGGCUCCUUCACGAUUACCACAGAGAUCUCUACAAUCACUUUGAAGCACAUGAAAUUGGGCCCAGUCUAUAUGCUGCUCCCUGGUUUCUUACAAUGUUUGCCUCUCAGUUUCCCCUGGGGUUUGUAGCUAGAGUGUUUGACAUGCUACUUCUUCAGGGGUCAGAAGUUAUAUUUAAAGUAGCUUUAAGCUUGCUUGGAAGCCACAAACCUUUGAUUCUGCAGCAUGAAAGCUUGGAAACUAUAGUUGAUUUCAUUAAAUGUAUUCUCCCAAACCUAGGCUUGGUACAGAUGGAAAAGACUAUUAACCAGGUAUUUGAGAUGGAUAUCUCUAAACAGCUGCAAGCUUAUGAAGUUGAAUACCACGUACUUCAGGAUGAAUUGAUAGAUUCUUCUCUCAGUGACAAUCAGAGGAUGGAUAAAUUAGAAAAAGCCAACAGUAGUUUACGUAAACAAAACUUUGGUCUCCUUGAGGAACUGCAGGUGGCAAAUGGGAAGAUCCAAAACCUAGAGGCCAUGGUUGAAAGUUUGCUCAACAGUGAAAGCAAGCUGAAGCAGAUGAUCCUCAGUCUAGAGCUGGAGAGGAAAGCAUUGUUGGAGAGAGUAGAGGAGUUGAGCGUGCCGUCGGCAGAGCCCAGUGGCAAGCCUCUGCUUACCAGGCAGAAGCAUAUGGAUGGUGCUAACUGACAGCUGCAGACAUAGUGGAGGAAAUGUCUGCAGAGGAGAAAACAGAAGAAAUUUUCUAAAGUUCCCUUUUAGAAUCUUUCACAUUGUUCAUGCCUUAACUUCAGCUGAAAGAAGCAAAGUCUUUGCACAAAGGAGAAGCACAUUACUAGUAGAGGACCCUGUUAUUUGUUUAUAUAGAAAACAUAGACAAUUCUUACAUAUAUGCAAUAUAAGAAGCAGAAAAACCUUUAUGCUGCCUUUUUUUGGUUUUGACUGAAAUGUUGCCAGUAUGCUGUAAACAUCUGCAGUUUAAGACUCUAUAGUAAAUGCUUCUGCACAAGGGCUUCUUAUUGCUUACAUCUUAAGCAUUCAGGAAACUCCUCCUUAAUCAUCACCCGUUCCAAGGGUGCUGGGGAAUUACAGCACCAAAACCUGAACUGAUUUAUUUUCCUUAUUUAAGGAGCUACAGUAUAUUCGUCAGUGACUGGAAUUUGUUGUUUGUGACAUUUCUUUUGAAUUGUUCUUUGCUGAAGCAGGCUCCACUUAUUCCCACUCAGUUUUUUAGAACUUUUCAUUGCCUGAAAACAUUGACAUAUCAAAAACGAUGCAGUUUUUGAAGUUAUUACUGCUAUUAGAAAUGUGCUUUUUGUUUUUAAUAUACAACAAUAAUUGCAUGGUUUAAUGCCCUGAAAAUAAAUAUUCUUUUCUUCCUACUUAAUAAUUUGCAUAUUAACAAAGUCUGAAGCUCAUGUCAUUAUAGUGGAUCAUGCCUUAAAAUAUUGUUUUAUUUAUUUUGAAUCACUGUAUGUUUUAAUUGUUUGGUUUCCAAGUGGGAACCUAAUGAUGGUUUGUUUUAAAUUUAAUAUUUAAUUGGACAACCAGCCUACUCUGAAGAAAUUUUGUUUUUCAAACAUUAUCUCCUGAAGUUAUAAAAAAUUGUAAGAGUUCGUUGAAUUACCGAUAAACUUAUGUCACUAUCCUAUAAAUGUCUUACUUAGAAGUAAGUCCCAGUGGGUUUACACAAGCAGCUAAUAUUUGAAUUAAGGAUAUAGGUAUCCUCAAACAAAUCUUUUGGGAUUGGCAUAUGCCUUUAAAAUAUCUUUUCCUUCCCAUUGGUGAAAGUAAUAGGAUAGAGGCACAGUUCCAAACACUAAUAGUGUUCAAUAGUGUGCAUCUUAUUAUUAACAAUAUAAAAGGAUGAGUUGGCAAUGCAAGUUUUCAAAUUUGCUAACUUGAAAUGUAUAGCUUUUACCUAAUCUAGUCAUGUUACAAUUCAUAAACAAUUGAUAUGUUAGUAUUUUUUCUCUUAUUGGUGGUUGAUAAUUAUGAUUAUAUUACUUGGAAUAGAGAUGCCAAACUAUACACGGGGAUCUUUAAUGUUUUGUGUGUGCUUAAGUCUUAGAAUGGGUUUCGAGAGGGGGAAAACCAAGAAAGGGCUCAUCUACAUGGGCUCUUGUGGAGCACGCUAGUGCAGGUUAAAGAGGGUUGCUUGGGGUCAGGUGGAGGUGUGAUAUACCAUUUGGUGUGACCCUUGCAUCCCAGUGGUAUAUCAGAGCUCAGGCAACCCUAUAUGGUGUGGCUUAAUAAGUGAGAAUUUUUUAAAAAAAGAUUCUGGUAGACUAUAGUUGAGGCAUUGCAUCACUCUAAAAAAAGUAAUGUUUUCUUUGCUUUGUUUGAAGGGCUGGAUGUAAAGCUGACUGCAGCCAAAUCCAUGAAACUGCUAUUUAUUGACCAGUCUAAGAGAAAACAAGUGACACUGCAUAUCAAUUAUGGUACAUCAAAAUCUUUUUUAAAAAUUCACUUUCUCUGCACCUCCACCAAGAAGCAGAUGAAAUGUACAAUCAGUUGAUGUCCUUAAGUGGCUCACUUUUGGUCUAUUACCAACAAUCACACAUGCUGGAAAUGGAUCAAAACAGAGUGACCAUCCCCUCACCAAAGAAAGCAGAAGCCCAGGGGCUCAGAAAGGUGUGGGUAAGACUGCUCUGGGGAUGGUUUAGUUUAAUCCAGUAAUUAUGUUAUGUGAUCAGCAGAAAAAAAGAGCAAACAAACCCAUCCCUGCAGUAGACCAAACAGCAUGAUAAAGUAUUUGAGCAGUCUUGCCAAGCUAAAUUCACAGGAUUCUUUAGGGAAAACAAUUACAAAUGAAUUGUUGUAAAAGAGCUGUAAGUUAUAGCGCACAUAUUUAGCGCAAUAUGAAGAAGGCAAACUAUUCUUUGCUUUCUAAAUCCCUUAAAUUAAUUCCUUGAAAACAUGGUCUUCAUACAUUUGUUACCAGGUUUUGUACUCUUAAACAUUGGUAAUGACUGUCUAAUAACUUCUUGUGUGUUUAUUUUGGAAGUCAGCUUUUAACUCUUCACAUGUUUAUUUUUAAAUGGUAGCUUUAUUUCAGUUUCUUAGAUAGUUCAUUUUAUUUGUUCUUUAGAAUGCCCAGCAGUAUUGUAUUUGGACAGGCAAUAACUGAUAUACAUGCUUUUAAACACUAAAGAAAAGCAAUAAAGAAAAUAUGAUGCACACUGCCAAA